AUGAUCAACUCCACCUUCCAAGUCACCUUCGGCAUCGAAGUCGAGUGCAUCCUCGCCUUCCACGAGAGCCUCCUACGUAGAUACCUUGCCACCAUCAAAACCGACUGCAAGAUUAUCAAGACCGUUCCCGAGGAUGUCCGUCGAAAGCUCAACCAAGUCCCCCAACAUUACCUGGAUGAAGACGCACGCCGACACGAUGUAUCACGCCAGAAGUACAUGGGCUGGGGUCUUACAGCACCCACCGCCUACCCCCCUGAGCGCGAUAACGUCAGCUUCCAGGACCAAAUGGACAUACAUCUCGAAACUUACGGCUAUCGAGCAUACGGCGGCGAGGUCUUGCACGUUGCUCAGACUCUUUUUCUCCCGGAUGAAGUCGAGGUCCACGACUCUUUCAACGGGGCAAACAAAUACACCGACUUUUCGCACUGGCACGUGACGCACGAGCGGGGCCUCGUGGGGCUCGACAAGAGGGACUUGAUGCAGCGACUGGAGAGACUCUCCAAGGCUGGAGCACCGGGCGAUCUUAGAAAGAUGCUCAAGCAACCGAGCAUGACCAAGGACUGGGACACCCACCCUCUUGAACUGGUGUCCCGGGUCCUCCCUUACGAUUCUGCCUCUAUCGCCGAGGUACAUCGGCACCUCAAGGCUCUCCAAGAGGGACUCGCGCACUUCGCUUUCGCAACCAAACACUGCGGAUUGCAUGUUCACGUCGGGCUUCCUGUGCCUACCAAUCACCUGGCAGGAACGCCACCUCCCACCUUCACCCUACCAACCCUGCAGCACCUGGCGUACAUACAAGUGAUGUACCAAGCCAAGAUCAGCGAGCUGCACCCGACAUCCCGAGGCGAUGGCACGAACAUCGACCUCAAAUCCAACCUUGACAAUUUCUACGAGGAGCCAGAACCUCUCACCGAUGCUGAAUACACCGCCAUGGAUGCCCGAAUCGAUGCUGGCGAAGAUCCAGACGUCGUCUUUGCAGAACAACCACCGACGUUCUCCUUCAAGAAGGCGCGGGAGAAGAUCUUCGCCAAAGACAUGACAAUUGAAAAACUCUCGGAGCUCAUGGGCGGGAACGAGAAGUGGAGGAUCGUCAAUUGGAAGUACGUUGCGCGGACAAAAGGAGAAGCACGCACCCUCGAGUUCCGCCAACACGAGGGAACACUAUCCCCGGUCGCCGUCGAGCACUGGACCGCCUUCGUCGUCGGUCUGGUCCGGUUGGCUGAACAUCACAGUCGGUUUUACGGCUCUGCGCCGGAUUACGACGGCUCGGGAUAUAAGUACCGAGAACUGAGUGAGGAGUCGAGCGUGUGGGACUUGAUGGAGACAAUGGAAUUGGGAGAGAGUGAGGAGGAGUAUUGGAGGGAUGUGGUGGCUAGCCGGGCAUAA